UCUGAUUGUGAUACUGACGCAUUAUGACCGGGAGGAAAGGAAUCAAGGAGGUCCAAACCAAAGGAACGGCUCCCGCUGCUGGAGGAUUCUCCGUAUUUCAGCUUCUCAUAUUUUUAAUCGCCACUUCAUCUAUGGCAAUGAACUUUGCCAUGCUUUAUGGACUUAUUCCGAUAAAAGGAUGCGAGGGUCCUCCUGGAAAAACAGGCGAAAGAGGUCCAGCCGGUCCGCAAGGCGAGACCGGAGUAGCCGGUGUACCUGGGAAAGGAGGCCCAAUGGGCCCUCAAGGAAAUCCGGGUGAGAAAGGUGACCAGGGAAUCCCAGGGAUACAAGGCCCCCAGGGGAUAAAAGGACCCCAGGGGGAUGAAGGGAAGCAAGGUAUACCUGGCAAAAAUGGCGAAAGAGGUCUGCCUGGUAGUCCUGGGAUAAAAGGAGACACAGGGAAACCAGGCAAAAAUGGGGAACCGGGUGCUGAUGGGUUACAAGGUGCACCUGGCAUAAAUGGUGAGACAGGCCCUCAAGGGCUCCCAGGUGAGAAAGGAGAAACAGGAGCCACUGGAGGAAAAGGCCCUCAGGGUGAAAAAGGGCCCAAAGGGGACCUGGGUGAAAAAGGUCAGACAGGCCUAGCUGGCCCAACUGGUCCCCAGGGGGAGAGGGGUGAAACUGGUCCAGAAGGACCACAGGGAAGCCAGGGUCCACAGGGACCUCAAGGUAUGUUCUUGAAUAUUUAGGUUCGCACACACUAGGGG